AUGGGCGCGCUGGAGCGGACGGGAAUCCUCAGCAUCUAUGCCGUGCCGAAACAAUUGCAACUGCGCUGGGGCGGCCACCUCGUGCGGAUGGACGACGAGCGGUUACCCAAAGGACUCUUCUAUGGAGAUGUCGCGACGGGUUCAGGCCGACAAAGAGGUCAAGUCCGGCGCUACAAGGACACCCUGAAGACUUCCCUGAGACUCCUGAAAAUCAACCCGGCCAACUGGGAAGAUCUCACCCAGGACCGAUCUACGUGA